GGCCAGGCAGGCUGAUGAGAUGUACACUUAAAAACACACACAGGCUUAGAAAUCCUCCGUGUGCACUGUACAAGCUGAGAGGAGCAGCAGGUGGUUGCAGUGGUGUUGUUAGAAGACAAGGAAGCAGAACAUCUGGGAUGGCUGGAAAGAGACGAGGCCGAGGCAGCAACGUCCAGCAACAACAGGCCCCGCAGAACCCAAGAGGAGGCCCUCGCAGGGCUCUGCGGGAGCCAGCUGCUUUUGCCAAGUCUACAGGUUGUGAUUCAGAGAUCCCCCAAGACAAGUUGACUAUUGCCCAAGCACGGAGGGGAACACCAGCUCAUCGUCCGGUGCGAGUCUACGCUGAUGGGAUCUUUGAUCUUUUCCAUUCGGGGCAUGCUAGAGCUUUGAUGCAGGCCAAAAAUGUGUUCCCCAACACACACCUGAUAGUAGGAGUGUGCAGUGACGAACUCACCCACAAGUUUAAGGGCUAUACGGUGAUGACAGAGGAUGAACGCUACGACGCCCUGAGGCACUGCCGUUACGUUGACGAGGUGGUGCGAGACGCUCCCUGGACCCUUUCCACAGAGUUCCUCCAGAAACAUAAGAUUGACUUUGUGACCCAUGAUGAUAUCCCUUACACCUCUGCUGGAUCAGAGGAUGUUUAUAAACACAUCAAGGAAGCAGGGAUGUUUGUGGCCACUCAGAGGACAGAAGGCAUCUCCACAUCUGAUCUGAUCACUCGUAUCGUCCGUGACUAUGACAUCUAUGUUCGACGCAACCUGCAAAGAGGCUACUCAGCCCGAGAUCUGAAUGUUGGAUUCAUUAAUGAGAAAAAAUACCGGCUCCAGGACCAGGUGGACAAGAUGAAAGAGACGGUCCGUACGGUGGAGGAAAAGUCCAAACACUUUGUCUACAGAGUAGAAGAGAAGAGCCAAGACCUCAUCCACAAGUGGGAAGAGAAGUCGCGAGAAUUCAUCAGCAACUUUCUGGAGCUUUUUGGACCCGACGGAGCCUGGCAUGUGAUUCAGGAGCGCAGUGGGCGUAUGCUCCAGGCCCUGUCACCUUACUCUUCACCCCGUGGCUCCCCCAGCAGCAGUCCCACCAGAAGACGCUCUGUUUCUCCGGACUCCUCCUCUGCCUUUGCCUCUUCCUCCUCUCUCCCCCCCCCCCCCCCCCCGGGCAGUGGUGGCCUAAAGGUUAGAGACGCGAGCUUGUGCCACACCGACAGGAUCAAAUAUUGGUGGGGAAAGUGA